UUCAGUCUAAUGUACAUGGAUAUAUUUCAAAAAUGAACACUAUCAUAUUCUGCUUAUUUGCUUUAACUGGAUUUCAGAAUAACGGCAUCCUCUCAUACACUCAGCAUUUCAUCUCAGAUAAUAUAAUGUCAUGGUAUGCUGCAGACAAGGCCUGUCCUAGUUUGUUUAAUCCUGGUAACGGCACCAUUCACAUGGCGGUGAAUUUAUCGGCAAAUCCUCAACAAAUACAGGUGUUGAGAACCCUCAACAAUCACGAAAGUGUCUGGUUGGACGGGUUCCGAUUUCAUCUUGGUUGCAAUGCCAAUUCUUGUGAAUACUUGACUAUACAACAUCUCGUCACAUCUGAAAAGUUGAAAUCUAUAUGCAUCAAAGAUGGUAAUCGAACAGCACAGUUUGACUGCAGCAAAGGGGAUACCUACAAUUUUACCAGUGUCCAUGACCAAUCAAUGCUCCACCGUUUAACAGAAUAUGUCAGCGGCGAACCGCUGAAAAUAAAUCGGGCAGACAUAGAUGGCAUACUGAAGCAGUGUCGACUGGCCACAAGAACCUCGACUGGAUUCAUAAUAAAUUAUCAGAAUUGCGCUGAUAAACACAAAGUUCUGUGUCAGAGACAUUCCAAUUCCACCCCAAUUGUUACAACCCUCGUCUACAAGCGGUCUGGUGUGGGCGAUGACGCGGAAGCCAUCUUCAUCUCUCCAAGCAAUUCAAAGGAGGCUGGGUUGACAAGUUCCAAUUUCCUGGACGCUAAAUGGCUCAUUACCACCGGUCUGUCAGCAAUGGCGUGUUUUUUCAGCGUCUUCAUCUGUAUAUACCUGUGUUCCAGGAAACACCUACCUUUAAAUUCCAGCAUCAAUUCAAGUCGGCGACGGCGUAAUUUCCAAGAAAGCUUCAUCCUGCCAAAUUCUGAAGACUGAAGUCAAGUCAACAGACAUAUAUUGAA